GCCCUCCCACCCAGGAAGCAGCACCCAGACGGGCUGCUGAAGAGUUCCAGGCGGGGGGGAGAGCAGGGUUUGAGGGGACGGUUCUCAGACUCUUGCCUGGACCUGGGGAGAUCCAGCAGGCGCCGGGCAAAGGAGCUGCUAGAACAAUGCUGAGGCGGGCGAGGUGAGGAGCAGCUCCGCAGCAGCCCCGUCGGAGGAGUGGGGAAACCGAGGCCACCUGGGCAUCCCUCCCCUCGGCGCCCGAGAGAGACGAACCUCAAAGACACGGCGGAGAAACCAUGGCGACCAAUUUCAACGACAUCGUCAAGCAAGGCUACGUGAAGAUGAAGAGCAGGAAGCUUGGGAUCUACCGGAGGUGCUGGCUGGUGUUCCGGAAGUCUUCCAGCAAGGGGCCCCAGCGGCUGGAGAAGUAUCCAGACGAGAAGUCCGUGUGCCUCCGAGGCUGCCCCAAGGUGACAGAGAUCAGCAACGUCAAAUGUGUCACACGGCUCCCCAAGGAAACCAAGAGGCAGGCAGUGGCCAUCAUAUUCACGGACGACUCAGCACGGACCUUCACCUGCGACUCAGAAUUGGAGGCAGAAGAGUGGUACAAGACCCUCUCUGUGGAGUGUCUGGGGUCGAGGCUCAACGACAUCAGUCUGGGAGAGCCAGACCUCCUGGCCCCCGGAGUGCAGUGUGAGCAGACAGAUCGCUUCAACGUCUUCCUGCUGCCCUGUCCCAACCUGGACGUGUACGGCGAGUGCAAGCUGCAGAUCACCCACGAGAACAUCUACCUCUGGGACAUACACAACCCCCGCGUGAAGCUCGUCUCGUGGCCGCUCUGCUCACUGCGCCGCUACGGCCGGGACGCCACCCGCUUCACCUUCGAGGCUGGCCGGAUGUGUGAUGCUGGAGAAGGGCUCUACACCUUCCAGACACAGGAAGGGGAACAGAUUUACCAGCGGGUCCACAGUGCCACCCUGGCCAUCGCCGAGCAGCACAAACGAGUCCUGCUGGAGAUGGAGAAGAACGUGAGGCUGCUGAACAAGGGCACAGAACAUUACUCAUACCCCUGCACGCCCACUACCAUGCUGCCCCGCAGUGCCUACUGGCACCACAUCACGGGUUCCCAGAACAUCGCGGAGUCCUCCAGCUUCACCGGUGAGUCACUGCUGGGCGUCACCCCCGCCAGCCAGGAGGCUCUGUGGGGGACAAGGCGUGCUGGGCAGGGCUCUUCUGUCCUGGGCCCAGGUCCUCAGCCUGCGUCUGUGUCCACAGGUGAGGGGUAUGCGGCAGCCCAGGCCAGCUCAGAAACGGACCUCCUCAACAGAUUCAUCCUGCUAAAGCCAAAGCCCAGUCAGGGGGACAGCAGCGAGGCCAAGGCCCCUUCCCAGUGACGGCAGAGCUAGCGUGCCCGGAUGACCACUGGGGCUGCCUGCAGCGUAUCGUGGACGGCCUGCAGGAGCUGUGGGCCAGAAGCCCAGAAAAAGGGAGCAAGCCGUCCCUUCUCUGCCCCCAAGGGUGAGACUGGACCAAGGCAAAGGGCUGGCCAUGCCACCUGAGCAUGUGUGAGGGGCUGGAGCUACCAUAGGACUAUAUACGGUUAAUGAUUUUAAUAUAUAUGGCUUAUGACGUUAUUCUAUAUUAAUAACAUUUCCCCCUCUGUCCCUCCCUGCCACCACAUAUACAUUUUUUAUCCCCAUGACCAGGCCAUAGUCAGGGCUGUUUCUGAAUGUGAGGGCGGCGGUCUUUCCUGUCCCCCAGGGGGUACCAGCCCUCCUGCUUCGGGCCCAAGGAGACAGUCCGCGUUCCUGGCGCCUGCUCUGGCUGCUGGCUUUCCCACACAGCCCAGGGGUGGAGACGGCAGGUGGCCUCUCGGUUCCUCUGGGCCUGGUGGCACAGGAAGGAUCCGAGCUUACACUGUGCCACUCGGCAGCCCUGCACUUAGGGAGUUUUACACAGAGGUGUUAUCUGGUUGACACCUCAGGUGAAAAAUCUGGUUUUAAAGUGGUUUCUGCCCAGGCUCUUCCUGCUUCGUAGGCUGGGAAGACGCCCUGGGGGCAGGGUGCUGGUUACCUCAGCCCAGGGAGGGUGGCCCGUCCCAAGCUCUUUCCUGCUCCAGGGCCAGGCCGGCCCCCAGGAGCGCUGCGGGGUGGGGGGGAGCACCCUGCCGCCCCCCUCACUGACCAGGUGGGCGGUGCUCCCGUGGAGGGUGCCCCCUGCCCCGUGCGGCCUCCCUCUGGCCAAAAGGACUCAGAAACGAGACCUCCCCACUUCCUCCUCCCCACUUGGUGCUGAGGCUCCCUGCUGAAAUGCAAUUAAAGCAAUUGAUUUUC